AUGCAGACAGUUAAGUGUGUUGUUGUGGGCGAUGGUGCUGUUGGUAAAACAGGUCUUCUGAUAUCCUACACAACAAACAAACUUCCAUCUGAGUAUGUACCGACUGUUUUUGACAACUAUGCAGUCACAGUUAUGAUUGGUGGAGAGCCAUAUACUCUUGGACUUUUUGAUACCGCAGGGCAAGAGGAUUAUGACAGAUUACGACCGCGGAGUUAUCCCCAAACAGCUGUAUUUCUAGUCUGUUUUUCAGUGGUCUCUCCAUCCUCAUUUGAAAAUGUGAAGGAAAAGUGGGUGCCUGAAAUAACUCACCAUUGUCCAAAGACUCCUUUCUUGCUUGUUGGGACCCAAAUUGAUCUCCGAGAUGACCCCUCUACGAUUGAGAAACUUGCCAAGAACAAACAGAAGCCUAUCACUCCAGAGACUGCUGAAAAGCUGACCCAUGACCUGAAGGCUGUCAAGUAUGUGGAGUGUUCUGCACUCACACAGAAAGGCCUGAAGAAUGUAUUUGACGAAGCAAUACUGGCUGCCCUGGAGCCUCCCGAACCGAAGAAGAGCUGCCGGUGUGUCCUGCUAUGAACAUCUCUCCAGAGCCCUUUCCGCACAGCUGGUGUCAGCAUCGUACUAAAAGCAAGGUUAAAUCAAACUAAAGAUUAAAGAUUAAAAUUCGUUUUUGCAAUAAUGACAAAUGCCCUGCACCUACCCACAUGCACUCGUGUGAGACAAGGCCCGUAGGUAUGGUCCCCCUCCCCCUCUCAUUACUAGUUAAUUUGAGUAAUUGUGUAUUGUCAGAAAAGGGAUUAGUACUAGUUUUUGUUUCGUUGUU